CAUCAAUAUUCCCACAAAAGGAAAUUACAAAACCUCUUUCUUCACACAUCAAAUUUUAUAGGAACAAGAAAAAUACACGGAAGACUCCAAAAACUUCUUGUUCUCGUAGCCAACACACAAACACUAACUUAAUUAUAUAUAUGUGUAUGAAUAUAUGCAUAUAUGUGAUAUAUAUAUAUGCAGCAUGGCCACGAACCGAUAUUCCAGCCACCAAGCUGCGGCGGCCAUGUUGGCUCAUUUGGUGGCGGCGGCGCUCAUCACUUUGGUACUGGUUUGGCUGCUUCAUUUCCGCGGUGGCCUUGCCUUCAAAUCAGAUAAUAAAGCCAAGAUUUUCAAUCUGCACCCACUGCUAAUGAUUAUUGGUUUCGUCUUGUUCUCCGGAGAAGCGAUGAUGGCGUACAAGACAGUUCCGGCAAAUAGAAAGAGGCAGAAAGUGUUUCAUCUGGUUGUGCACCUCAUCGCCCUCCUUGCUGGAAUUUUGGGUGUCUACGCUGUUUUCGACUACCAUAAACAAUCCAAAAUUAUCCACCUCUACACCUUACAUUCUUGGCUAGGCAUCACCACCAUCUCCCUUUUCGCUUUCCAGUGGGUGGUGUCCUUGUUGACAUUCUGGUAUCCGGGCGCGCAAGAAUCGGCAAAGGGCCGGCUGUCGCGGUGGCACGUUGUGGUGGGCGUGCCCAUAUUCGCGAUGAUGAUUUUAAGCGCCGAGACUGGCGUGGUCGAGAAAUUCAUUUUCUUAGGCCUCAGGAGAAAUCAAGAAGCGCUGAUUCUGAAUUUGAUAGGCCUCUUCAUCUUCAUCUUCGCUUUAUCCGUCGCUCUCACCCUUGCCCUCCCAAGAUAUAACUCUUAGCAUAGCAUUGCUGAGAUAUAGUAACUUCGACUUUCAUCUGUUAUCGUGUUUCAUUAAUUAUUUAUCCGCUAAUUACAUAUACAAGCAAACAAAA